AUGUACGGCGGCGACGAAGCGUCGGCCAUUGUGAUCGAUUUAGGUUCUCACGCUUGCAAAGCUGGCCUCGCCGGCGAAGACGCUCCGAGGUCGGUGUUCUCAUCUGUGAGCGUGUUUCAGUUUGCUGCAUUUUGCGGUCAAAGGUUGUGGGGUCAAUUGGUCAAACAGGAGCUAUUGGGAAUGUCAAAUCUGAGAAGGAUUCUGAAUCCAGUUCGGAUUCCAAAAAAUGGAAUGACAUCGUCCGAAUCAGAUAAAACCAACACGAAGAGGAAAUUGUAUGUUGGCUGUCAAGCCCUGGGAUACAGAAGAGACUUUAUGGAGGUGAUAUCACCCUUUAUAGAUGGGGUUGCUGUUGACUGGGAUAUCGUUGACAAUAUAUGGGAUCAUGCUUUUAGGGAACACUUAUUAAUUGAUCCUAGAGAGCGCCCUAUGCUGCUUGCGGAACCAUCUUCUAACACUCCACAACAAAGAGAAAGGGUGGCAAAACUCAUGUUUGAGAAUUACAAAGUUCCGGCUUUGUUCUUAGCCAAAAAUGCUGCCCUCACAUCAUUUGCUGCUGGGCGUGCUACUUCUCUUGUUGUUGAUAGGCUGUGGCAACAUCUCCAAUUGGAGGGGAAUUUCUAACUGAGUGCAUGCUGAAAAGUUUAGAGACUAAAGGCAUUGUCCUGCAGCCAAGGUAUGCUUUUAAAAGGAAGGAAAUGUGUCCAGGAGACUUUCAGACAAUAAAUCUUGAUUUCCCAAAUACCACAGACAAGCUAUAUUCCCAGAGGGUGAUAGCUAGUGACAUCAAGGAUUGCGUAUGUCGUGUACCAGAUACUCCAUAUGCUGUGCCUGGAUAGGUGGCAGUAUCCUGGCAUCUCUGGGAUCAUUUCAGCAAAUGUGGUUCUCCAAGGCUGAAUCAGAUGGUCUUAAUUUGGAUCUUUAGAACUUCAGAGAGCGGGAG